UUCUAAAAAAAAGAAGAGAAAACGAAAGAGUGAAUCUCUCGUGUUGGUGACUGAAUUUUUUAUUUUAUAUAACAUAUUCAGUGAGCAUAAAUUAAUUCGGGGGUGAUGUUAAUUAACAAUGUGAUCCGUUAUUAUAAUUAUGUCGGCUGUCAUUAUUGUCAAGAGUCACAGUUUCGACGUGCUUGAACCACUUUCCAGGCAUAUGAUACCUCGAGCGUAGAACUUUGAUUCGGUGUCAUCGAUUCAGGCUUGCUGUUGUGAUGUUCGUUUCACUGACAGAUGAUUAUGGAGAUAGCUGAUGCUGGAGGUGGUUACAAACGAUUUCGUGUAACUGUUCUAGUUCUGUUCAUACUUUUAUUCGGUUGGACAGACCGUGUGGCAGCUGGCGAUUGCGGUCUGGCCGAGUUAACUUGCCGGGAUGGGCAUUGUGUACCGAUUGACGCGUACUGUAAUGGACGAGAUGAUUGCGGAGAUAAUAGUGACGAGCCAGCGAUGUGUACACCCUGUAAUCGUACGUAUCACGGACGCGAAGGACGUACAUACAAAUUGGAUCUUCCGAGACCUAGCGAGGAACGUCUGCCAUUCCUUUGUCAUUUAACGUUCACCGCUGCUGGCCAGGGGUACGGUGAACUUGUACAACUGUUGUGGGAUGCGUUCAGCGUGGGCAGAGUAGACCCAAACACUGAUAGCUUCGUUACAAGCUGUCCUGAAGGAUCGUUACAAUUAGCAGAAUUAGGUAGACACUUUACGGGUGGCUCGUGGUGUGGAGUUGGAGAAGGGAAAGCUUCUUACUACAGCGAGACGAGUACAGUCACGGCGUCUAUACGAUUGUUUCACGCACCUUCCAGCGUACCUUUUGAAUUUCGUUUAAGGUAUAGAUUUGUGGCGCGCAACGAAGCCGUGGCUAGACUAGGAAAGCCUGAGCUUCCGAUCGAAAGGGGCUCCCCCGUGCCGGGUACUUACUGUUCUAGAAACUUUUACGAAUGUCACUUGAAGCAAUGUAGACUACAGAGUCCCAACUAUCCCGGGGAAUAUCCGAGAAAUGCCAGCUGCUCGAUAACUAUAAGACAGAAGGAGGUGCCCACCUGUAAGCAUGCUAUGAUCUCGGUGAAAUCUACGCCGACUGGUCCAGUCGGGAUUACCACAGCCAAUAGUACUUUAAGCGUAUGGCAAGAUUGCCGCCCGGAGAAAGAUCAUCUUAUCUUUCGAGACGGGGUCAGACCAGAAGAUUCGAUUUUAUUGAUUUAUUGCGGAGGACCUUUACCCAGGAUCACUGCCAGAGGUCCAACUAUGCAAGUGGAGUUCCGAAGUUCCCCUAUAGCCAUCCCCCUUGGUGCCUCUGCUUUGAGGCUCGAACUCGAGAUUCAAGUAGUUUAUGUCGACUCUGAUGGCCUCGACUAUGCGAAGGGCCCUCAAGGUUGCCAUUUUUUUGUAAAUGGUACUAACAAAAGGAGCGGCAUACUGAGAGCGCCGCUUCACGCACUGCCACCAAAUUCCAGCUGUACUUGGAAUAUCAAAGGAUCCGCUGGAGACAGAGUGUGGAUCUACUUUUCCUCGUACUCGCAACGGGACUUAACGGGUAGCGUCGAGAACAACGCCAGUUCUCAGUCGGAUGUACCUUGCGCGAUAAAGCUGAUAUUUUGGGAUGGUACACCGUCCACUGGACUUCCAAUGGCCACGCUUUGUGACGACACACCUAAGCUGUGUGCACACGCGGCUCUGAGGAAUGUUACUAGAAGCACGAGGCCGUGUACAGAGGAUGAAAGUUACAUCACAGUCGCACCAUCUUUAACGUUACGUAUGGAAACGUUGUUGGGUACUGCACUUCAUACGGUUAACUUUAAUGCACAGUACGAAUUUAUUUCGACCACACAAGUUGGCGAACCCUGGGGAGAUGGAGUUUGCAGCAGAGUAUGGCGCAAAGUUCGAAGCGGCGAGGUAACAUCACCUCGUGAUGUUCGUCUUUUUGGAAGAGGCGGAUCCCCAAAAUUAGACUGUAGAUAUCGUAUAGAGGCUGGUGCGGACGAGAGGGUGCGAUUGACGCUGCACAACGUCAGUCUAGGCGAGUCUACCAUUUGCACGAGCGAGCCAGAUCCUCAUACUGGCCGACCACGUUGUGUUCAAGAAGUGGGUUCCAGAGAAGCUCGUUUAGUUUUAUACGAAGCGCCCUGGCGGGAUGUAAAGCUUCCGAGAGCUUGUUUAUGUGAUAACACGUCGCAUCUUCCAUUGACGCACAUCUCUUCGAGCAGAGCUUUGGAGAUUACGUUUUUAAUCGAACAACAAGCUCCGCACGAAGACUUUGAAACUCUCUUUUUUUAUGCUAGCUUCGAACUUGUUCGUGCACCCGAGUGUCCCAGAAAGCAAAGAGUACGCGGAGAAGGCGGUGAAUUACGAUUCGUGGCUCCACCAUUAUCGAGACCAGAUAUUUAUUGUGAAGGACUUCCAUGGUUAGUGGAGGCACGCGAAAACAGGUCCCUUUUUGUUUUAACUUGGGGCUGGUUCCUUCCCCUAGAACCAUCGCCGAUAUCAGAAAUGAACGAACAAAGCAAAUGUCCAACCACCAACAGAAUCCUCCUUUACUCCGGUUGGCCGCCGAAACUUCUAAAAGUAGUGUGUCCCGCUGAACCAGGUGCAAGAGAGUUCACCGUUCACGUCUUCUCCGAAGAGUGGCUAGGAGGCACCGGCGAGGGUAAAUGGCCAGGUCCACCACGACCUCCUGCGCUUUUGCUGGACUUUGUUGCAAGAGAAUCUGGUCAGGCUGCAGCUUCGUGGUUAGAAAUUUCGAAGAGCAGAGCUGCAUUACGUAGACAGCUACGUUUACCCGAAAGAGGAAUAGAGAAUGAGACAUUGGCUAAUGGAGACUGUCCCCAUAAGUGUCCCGAAUUAAGCGCUUGCAUUGCCGCGAGUCUUUGGUGUGAUGGGAGAGCUCACUGUCCGUCCGGGCACGAUGAGGCGAAUUGUGGUAACGGGGCGAAAUUACUUGGAUUAUUACCUUCGGAAAUGUGGCUGGUAUUAGCCGGUGUCGCUGGAAUUAUCGCUGCCUUUGCGUGCUUCUUUGUGGUACUGAUUAGCAGGUCAAAAGCGCGUACGAAAAGACUUCACUAUAAGGGUACAAAAAAAAGCAAUAGACCGAGGCGAGCGCCGACAGAGGAGACGCUACUGGGAGCAGCAUCCUGACAACAGCAGCCCGGUUUCGUGGAAUAUAUCCAUGUAGACCGGGAAACAACCGUUUAGCAAUAUUUCUCUGUGCUUUACCGUCCACUAAAUUAACACUAUCCCCAGGCAUCGUAAACCAAAUGUCAAAGUAUCUUUCUUUCUAAAAUGGCAUUUAUCUAUUUUUUUUGUUACGUUUAAUUCAUUAUAUAUUUUAAACUUGCAGCUGUUGCUUAGUUGUAAUUGUUAUAAAUAUUUGUUCGUUUACAUGUUCCUAUUUUUUUAGAUACUACAUAUAACUGUAACGUGUUAUCACGAUUAAACAGUGCAAUAGGGAUGGGACGCAAAAGCGAUGCUUUCUGUUUCUUUGGAAAACUAUUUCAAGUUUGAAUAACGUAGCUUAUCACUUUGUUGUACGGACAGUUAGAGUGAUAGCAGUAUCAGUGUUCUCAUUCAUGCAUAAUGAGUGUAUGAUAGUGAGAAGUGAAUGGUAAUACGCAUCGUUACAGAAACUGCUUUAUAAAAACUAGAAUACUUCUGAAGGUAUAAUGUAAAAUUGUAUACCAAAAGUGUACGGCUAAGUUAAGUUAUGACACUGUAACUUCAUUCAUUGACACGAUGUUUUAUAAACCAGAGAGAUAGUAAAUGCAAUUAAUAUAAUAUACAGGAAUAAAUCUAUAAUUUAAAAAAUAUCACACAUAUUGCUCAAAGGAUAUUGUAACUGCCAAAAACAAAAAGAUAUUUUAAUUUCGAUUAGCUGAUGUAACAUUUUUAGCAGCAAUAGAAAAGAAAAAAAAAUAGACGAAGUAUUUCAAACGCAGAAGAGGAUAACUUUUUUAUAUUUUAAUGUAGGGGAAACAAAGUUAAAUUUAAAUAAAAAUGGGAAGAUCAACAUUAAUUACAUAAUCAUAGUUACAUCUAUCGACGAUGCCAAAAAGUUAAUUUUAACGUGUUCAGUAUCUAUAUUUCUCCUGAGAUUUUUAAACAUAUUUUUAUGACUUUUGCUCAGAUAUUUAAUUAUAUAUUUUAAAUAAGUUACAUUGAAAAUAAAAAAAGAGAGUUGUAAAAAGUAAAAAUAGUUAUUUAACUCGAAAGCUUAUUGAAUUUGGUAAACAAAAAUUGUCGACAUUGAUGAUAUUGAUAUCUAUUAUUUUUCAUUUGCUAAAUAGAAAAUAUACUACAAAAGUACUAUAUUUAUAAGGGAACAAUUGUAGGUCAAGUUCCAGCGCACAAGAGAUUGUGAGAAAAAAGAAGGAAACGAAAAAAAAUUAGUUGAAGUUUAUGGUACAAUAUUAUAUAACAGUGUUUUCUUCAUUUCUUUAUAUUAAUUAAUUAAUUUUCCAUUUUAAUUUGCAAUUUCGAUAAAUAGAAUUCAUUUAUGAUCGUGCACAAUAUCUUAGACAUUGUAUCUCUCAUUGCAUAUUUAUUUAUUUAUUCAUUUACAAUUUACGUUCCUUUAAAAAUUAACUAACUAGUUUGCAACAAUAUAUACAAGUUAGUAAACUAUAUUCUUAUUAACCAGAUGAAAACCAAUCGAACUAAAUAAAGUAUAGAAAAAUAGAAGGGAUUAGAGGAUAUUUCUGAAAAUAUUCUAAAAAUGAUAAAAAAAAGAAGGAUCAUUCAUAAAAAUCGCUGUUAUACAAUAUUUAGUACUACAGUUUAUAGAUGCACUUACAAAAUAAAGUUAAACAUAGCUGUGACACAAAGUGUUGGAAGAUACUGAUAUAAUUUACGAUUAUAAAGCACUCGAUAAUGUUAAAAUGUUGUUAUUAAAAUAUAAUUGCUGUUACAACUGAACAACUAAUACGCAUUAUUUGAAUAAAAGAGAAGGAGAUAUUCGCCUAUCCGGUUAUUUAUAAUUAGAUGAUUCGUACACAAACGAUUUAAUCAAUUGAAUAUUUUAAAGCGAAAAAUUUAAUCUUAGAUGCACGAAUUACGAUUCAGAGGAAUAAAUCAAACAUAGUUUUUAAUUCAAAGUAACUAUGAUAAUAGAUUAUGGUACAUGAGUAUAUCAAGUAAGAGAAUAUAAAUUAAGCAUCGCUAUAAGGACUGAAAGUAAAAUUGCGAGAUGCGGCGAUUAAAUAAAAAAAAGGGAAAAAAGAAAAAAGCAAAAGAUGUAAUGAUAAGUGCUAUUCGAAAGUUAACAGUUAAUGUAUUAUGUAUCUAGCCUUUAGAGGACGUACAUACAAAUUAGAAGUGGAAUAUCUAAUACCUGGGAUCUGUAUCACACUAUACGUGAAUUCCUUACAAAAUUUAUCUUUUUUCUUUUUUCUAAAAUUCUUACAAAAUGUUUUACAAUAAUCGUGAUUAUAAACCAUUCUUCCUAUACAUUUAAAGAAAAGAGUAAUGACAACAUUUUCGAAAAUUCGCAACGAAUUUCGGAAUUGUGAAAUGGAUUCGAUAUGAAAAAAGAUGCACUUCCAUGUAUGUAAUAAUAUAUGAGAACUGAAUGUACAUACCAUGGUCUGCUUAAAAUAUUUCUAAUUGUGAUAUCUAUAUAUGGUAUUAUACAUCGCGUUAUACAAUAAUUUUGUUCAUUUGUUUUCUGUAGAAAGAGCAUAAUGACAUGUAUAUAAAAAAAAAACAAACAAAAGAAGAUAAAGGGUUUUAGAUUUUUAGUAUUUUGUUCUUCAAUCAUCAGAAAAUUAAUUAUUCAGAAUUUUAUAGCUUAACUAGAAGCACUAUGUAUUAUUAUUUUAAUGGAUGUGUGUUCAUCGUUUUAUCAUUCCAUAUAAAUAAUUUGACGUAGUUUCGUCUUGUAUAGGCUGUGUUGUUUUUAUGUAAUCAGAUAUCCGAGUGAUAUUAAUUUACGCAGACCAUGUAGCUCAAUAUAAGUAGCGAGUAUUAGAAACGAAAAAACUUUUACGGGGGAAUCCGAUACCGCGUGUCGUCUCCUUUAAACUAUUCUAAUCCAAAUACACGACUUAGAGUUUUGAGAGAAAUACAUUUUAUGAAGAGUAAAAGAGAAAAAAGAGUAUACUUAUACUAGGCUCUACUUUAGUAACGAAUUUACUUAAGAGGAAAAAGAAUCCAAAUAUUAUAUAUAUAUAUAUAUACACAUAUAUAUUAUAUAUAUAUUUAAGACUUAUACCCAGAUCGUGUACUCGUUCGUUUAAAAUUUGUAGAACAAACAAAAAUUGAUCUAUUAUUAAGGGAUUUACUCUUAAAGAGUAGAGUACAGAACAUAUUGCCUUUUACAACAUAAGAAUGACACGAGGUCGCGCAUAAUCUCAUCUAAGAGUAAAGAAUGACAUUACCGAUUAUUCCACUACACUUUAAUCGUAGAACUAGCUGCCAAACCAUACGAGUUAACAUAUUCUAAAAAUAUUCUCUUCUAUUCUUUUUAUUAAUUUAUUUAUAAAUCCUUCGAGGGGAGAACAUUUACAAUCUUCUACGUUCAGUUCUAUCACUGCCUCAAGAAAAAAAUAAAAUCAGGAAGAGAUACAGUAAGGGGAUUGUAAAACGAUAAAAGUUCUAUUCUUUGCAGAAAUGUAUUUUAAUCUUUAUUAAUUCGAAUUUACAUAAUCAUGUUUCUCCAAUUCAUUUUCUUGAAACUCUAUGUCAUUAUGUCGAUGAUGCAAUUACAGUUCAUAAACUGUUACUCUAACGACGAAGUGAUUAUGGUGAAACGCAGAGGCGAGGAAUAUAAGUGCGAAGAGAAGAAAGAAUUAUUGAUUUUCCUUGAGCACAUGUUUGUAUCGAUACUUUCAAUUUUAAAUAAAUACGAGAAAUUUCAAA